UACUAUUCUACAGUGGGACUGUUCAUGUCCUUGUAUUUUACUAAUGGAAGUCUAAGAUAUUUGUUUUUCCACUAGAAUCCAUAAUAUCCAGUCAUGCUAUAUGGCACUCACCAUGUCAUUUUUGGUCAACUUCGAUGUCAUUUGAUUGUAUAAUAUUAUAGAUUAUAAAUGCUAAUUUUAUUACAAACUUGUUACAGAUCAGAGUUGGCAGAUAUCGUAACGAUGCGUCGUGUACGUGAGCGCGAUGUGGUCUGUCUCCUUCUCCUUACUCUGCUGAUUCUCUACUUACUGAUGUGGUUCUGGUUUGGCUCUCUGCAGCCUGCCAGCAGUGUCUUCCUCAACUAUGAGGUCGAUAAAAUGUUGGGUCAGGAAAGACAAGGAAAAGUCAAAGAGUCCAGGUCCAAUCUGGAUGUUGUGACUGUGGCAGGGUUGGGACAGAGGAGGUUGUGCCCGCUGGGAAGUUUUCGACUGUCCAAGAUGGAAACUUGUAUGCCAUGGCUUGGCUGCAAAGAGAUAACUAAUGAGGUGACCAUUAAGCUCAACAUUGGAUCAGGCACUGUGAAGAAGGUUUACAAAGCUGUCUGGAGAAACCACACAGUGGCGUACAGUAGACUGAAGAAUACAACUUAUUUCGAGGACUUCUCAGAAGGUAUAGAGAUGCUGAAGACCCUGCAACACCCUUCUGUUUUGCAGUUUGUGGGAUCAUGCAACACAACUCUCCUUACAGAGUUUUAUAAAUUUGGAUCUGCAAACUUCUUCAUUAAGAAAGUCCUAAAGUUGUAUUCAUACAGAAAGUUUGACAAUGUCCGGACAAGAUUUAACAUGGCUCUGAGUUACCUAGAGGCAAUACAUUCCCUACACAAUAGUCCAGUUGGCACACGAGUCAUGUGCGACUCAAACAGUGUCCACAAAUCUCUAACCCAGUUUCUUGUCACACAGGAUUUUAAACUUGUCUUAAGUGACCUGGAUGCCACACCAGAAGUAAAUCAUGAAGCAAAUCUUUUCAUUAAGUGUGGAUCAAGAAGAAUUGUGUCAGACUUUGUUGCACCUGAGCAGCUUUGGCCCUUUGAAAAUGAAACAUUUGAUGACUCAAGAAUGCCUUCUUAUGAUGAAAAAACUGACAUUUGGAAAAUUCCAGGUGUUGUUGACUACUUACUGGGAAAGGUAAAUGGAAGUGAAGUUAUCAGAUUACACUUGUUCAAAGUGCACCAACAAUGUCACAACAGGGACCCCAGGCAACGACCAACUACAAAGGUAUUGUUGGAGGAGUACAACAGGGUUAAGAAUAUGUUUUUUCCUGAACAUAUAACAUAGCAUAGUUCAUCAGACAGAGGGCAUUUCUUAGUUGUUGGAUGAAGAGCAUAGCCUGUUUUGUUUGAAGCUAAAAGAGCAAUUAUUGUCAGUCAAACCUGCCUCUUCAAGCCAGCCACCUGGCCAUAGCAAUCACCUAUUCCUGGUCCAUUUUUUGUCAUACUAUUACUAGUAGGCACAUUCAAGCACCUGUCCAAGAAGACUACGUUUGUAGACAGUGAACAACAUUUGUUGAAAGCACAAUGAACAUCGAGAAUUGCAUUGAAACAUGCUGAACAAGCUUUUAAAAUUGAUGACAAACCUACACCACAUGAGGUCAGGUGUUGGGAUGGGUACUGGUUUAAGGAAACAGCAAUAUGUUGGGAUAACGGAUGCCUUUCAGCAAGAUAUGCCUGGCAUCCCUUUGAAAUGGCAGAUCGAUACAUCCACUGUAUUUUUGUCUCCGGUCUGGAACAAUUACAAUGCAUAACUCUGUGCACCCCCCCUCCUCGUCUUUUAAUUUGGUUGCAUCACUUCUGUCAGAAUUGUCCUAGACAUUGACUAUUAUUAAAAGAUGAGCAGAAAUUUCAACCAAUUCAGAAUAAAGUGUUUCAUACUUCUCAAACAAUGCUAAAAUGUUAUAUAAUAAAGCUUUAUAAAAAAAUAGGCAGUUUGAAUAGGCAAAGGUAUACUGUGUGUUCAUCAACAGGUCGAUACAUUAGUCAGCACAUGGGACCUGUAAAGCUAACCGAGUCUCUUCUUUAUAGUCUAAUGGGCAAGACAUAUAAUUAUGUACAUUGUAAAGGAGCAAUCAUAUUAUAUAUAUAAUGGAAAUAAACAGUCAGAAAAAUAUUCAUAUUGCAGUGUACAAGGUCAAAACAUCCUGUAGUUUCCAUGCUUAUACAAAGACUUUUAGACUUGACUCAAAUAUCAUGCGUUGCAAUAUUUACCUCAUUCCUAUGGUCAUGAUAAUUGGGUCUCUCUUACUUUCUUGUAGAUGUAGACAGCUAAUUUAUCCAAAGGCAAUUUUCUUGGCAUGAGCAACACAAUGGUUAAUUUUGAUUGAAAAAGCUUCUGAAUUCACAAACUUUCUUCAAUGUGAUUGGAAUAGUACAUUUUGGGGCAUUCAAUGGCAGUUUUUUUACAUUGUAUGUACAAUGUAUAGUUCCUAUACUACUCAAACAUGCAACAUUAGCCUGUAGAACAAACAGGCACCUGGCACAGGCAUGUUUAAUACUUAGUUAAUCAGAAAGGAUAUUUGAUUUCACUUUUAGUAAUUUCAGACAAGUUUUCAUUGAAACAUUUACAUACACUUCAAUAAAUGUUAAAGGUGUAGUUCUUGCAUGGUUACAGUGAUUCUUUCUACCCUUAAAGGAGACCGCAAAGGUUUCCACAAAUGAAUAAAUCACACGAGAUGUCUCACAGACACAGGAAGGAUGUUGUCCUGUUUGUUGUUUGUUGUUGCAGCAGGGAUAGCUGUUUACCUCAAAACAUCUCCAAGGGACGUCCCUGGGAUUUCUGCAAUAGUCGUGCUUCAUUAUCCUCCUC